AUGCAACUUGCCGUGUUGUUCUCGCUGGUCGCGGGCGUCCUUGGCGCCAACUGCGCCAACAGCUCCGUCGUAACGCGCGCGCCGACGGCGUCGCUUCAGAUCCUCUCGUACAACGACGUGUACGAGAUGAAGCCCGAAGACGAUGCGACCCAGCACGGUGUGCUCGUCGGCGGUCCGUCCCGCGUCGUGCCGCUCGUCCACACGAUGCGCAAGAAUUUUGAGAACAGCUUGGUCAUUUUCGCCGGCGACACCAUGUCGCCGUCGCUCUGGUCCGGCCAGUUCAAGGGCCUCCAGAUGAUCGAGGCGCACAACGCGCUCAACGUCGACUUUGCGUGCCUCGGCAACCACGAGUUUGACUUUGGCAUUGACGCGUUCCUCAACGUCUCGAAGGCCUCCAAGUUUCCGUGGCUCAACGCCAACGCGUACGAGAAGGCGACGGGUCAGCUCCUGCGCGAGACGACCCCGCACGCGGUCAAGACGCUCACGUCGCCGACGAUGGGCACGAUCAAGAUUGGCGCGUUCGGUGUCAUGUACGACAUGAAGGACGACUCGAAGGGCAUGUACUGGACCGACCCGAUCGCGGCGGCGAAGGAGCAGGUCAAGUACCUUCGCGAAGUCGAGAAGGUCGACAUGGUCAUCGCACUCACGCACCAGCUCUGGGACGAUGACAACCGCUUCUCGCAGGACGUCAAGGGCGUCGACAUCAUCUACGGCGGCCACGACCACUCGGCGAUGCUGCAGUCGACCUUUGGCGCGUGGUACCUCAAGUCGGACCUCAACUUUCGCUCCGUGUGGUUCGCGCCGUUCAUCAAGCAGAGCCACAAAAACCUCGCGAUCACGGGCGAUAUGCCGACGGACGAGGCGUUCGAAGGCGUCAUCGCAACGUACGAAGCCAAGAUCGCGACGCUCUUCAACC